AUGUUCGAGCCAGUGCGCGGUGGGACUCGUGGAGGGCAGGCCGAGUUUAAGUGGGCCGACGUCUCGGCGGACAAGGACAGAGAAAAUUACCUCGGACACAGUAUCAACGCGCCCACAGGGCGAUGGCAGAAGAACAAAGACAUCCACUGGUACAACCGCGAGGUGAAGCAGACGCAGGCGCAGCGCGACGAGGAGAUUCGCAAAAUCAAGGAACAGGAGGCGGAAGCCCUUUCAGAGGCAUUGGGCUUUGGCACGACGAAAGGAUCGUCUGCAACGGGGCCGAGCAGUGCCCCAGGGACCGGUGCGAACGCCAUUGGCGUCACACCGAAGGUAGGCUCUACGCCAGCAGUCGACCCCGAGAGAGAGGAGCAUAAGCGACGCAAAGCAGAGCGUAAGGAGGAGAAGCGAGCACGAAAGGAGCAGCGAAGAGCGGAGCGUGCGCAUAGGCACCGAGACAGAGCCAGUGACGACGAAGACCGUGACUCUGACCGCCGAUAUGGAGACCGGGAGCGGUCGCGGUCACCGCGAGGAGACUUCGAGAGGGAUCGGCGCGGAGGGAUGGAAAGAGGGGAGAGGACACCGCCUAAGGUGAGAGAGACAUCGGAGGAGUAUGGGGAGAAAGAACGCGAGAGGGAGCGCGAGAGGGAUCGGCGGAGGUGGAAGGACAAUGCUCGGAGAGAACGACCAGGGGCGCGUUGGGGUCGUAAUUGA